UCAGUGGCUGAGCAUCAGGGAGAACUACCGAUUCCUCGUAACUGCUUUGUAAAUUAAUAUUUUCACAUUAAUUUGGACGUCUUGAGGGAUCGGAAAGACUGAUUCAGCUACAUUCGUCAUUUUCUGGAGACAUGUCAAAUGCUUUGCGUGGGAAGGAAAUAUAUUUGCAUGAAUUGCAACAAUAUCAUGUUGCCGCGCUACCCACAUAUUUUUGUCCAUAUGAAAUUGCUCGGUGGCACGCAUCGGAGGCUUUCGCGUAGGGUCUCGGAAAACUAUGCAGCUUGAGGAUGUCUGCGCGCUUGGCUGAGCCGGCUACCGCCUGCCGGUCCGCUUUCUGCUUACUGCCGAACUUAGGAAGUUGAGAAUUCCGCGACACGGCUAACAGCGAAGUGUUGACAAGAAAAAGAUUUACUAUCCCCAAGAGAAGUUCGAGGCGUCUUGCCUGCCAUGUAUGAACUAGAUAUUUUGGCAUUUCACGUGUGGGUCCAGUAAAUGGGGCUUCGUUUCAGGAAUGCCGGGACUCCGACGAUCCGAAUGGAACGCGCUGUUACUGCCGAUGGUUUGUACAUUUAUAUUCAUUUGGAUGUAAACGAAUGAUCAAUGGGGCAUGCUGUUCACGACAUCAUACACGAAUUAUGCAUCCCCUGUUUAUCUCUAAAACUCACUUGCAUGCUGAAAUGGAACACCUAGCCAAGAAGAGGAUGUCAAAUUACCCCACCAUGACUUCGGCGUUGUGUGCAAAUAUUUCAGGAUCAUUAUAACAUUUGGCAAAUCUCGGAAAGUGCAACAUUAUAAGGGUUGUGAUUCCUCGCUCUGGGAACCACAUGCACGAGGAUAGCCACCAUCAAAAGAACUGUUCACAGUUCACGCCGUAUUUUCGUUUAUUGCGCCCAGUCACGGCAUCAUUCUACCUCUGCUGAACACCUCGAAUAGCCCGCGGGGAGAUGGCAGCGGCGAUAGCCAGCUCCCUUAUCCGACAGAAACGCCAAGCCAGGGAGUCCAACAGCGACCGAGUUUCCGCCUCCAAACGCCGCAGCAGCCCUAGUAAAGACCCCCGUUCUCUAUGCGUUUUUGGGGUUUUCAGCAAAGUCCGAUUCUGCAGUGGCAAGAAAAAGGCAGUCCGGCGGAGACCAGAGCCGCAGCUGAAAGGCAUUGUGACCCGACUGUUCAGCCAGCAGGGCUUCUACCUGCAGAUGCUGCCAGACGGAACCAUUGACGGGAGCAAGGACGAGAACAGUGACUACACCCUGUUUAACCUGAUCCCAGUGGGACUGCGAGUGGUGGCCAUCCAGGGAGUGAAGGCCGGCCUCUACGUAGCCAUGAAUGGAGAGGGGUUCCUGUACAGCUCAGAAAUGUUCACUCCGGAGUGUAAGUUCAAGGAGUCUGUGUUUGAGAAUUACUAUGUCAUCUACUCAUCCACGGUGUACCGGCAGCAUGAGUCUGGCAGGGCCUGGUUCCUGGGCCUCAAUAAGGAUGGUCAGGUGAUGAAGGGGAACCGGGUGAAGAAGACCAAGCCUUGCUCACAUUUUGUUCCCAGACCCAUUGAAGUUUGCAUGUAUAAGGAGCCAUCACUGCAUGAAAUUGAAGAGAAGCAGCGUUCCAGGAAAAGUUCAGGGACUCCCACCAUGAACGGGGGCAAAGUGGUGAACCAGGACAAUACAGAGGAGGACGGCUCUUAGCUUCACCACUGAAGACCACCCUGGAUCCCAACUCCUUCAUUUCUUACACAUUGUUCAACAAAAACAAAAAAGAAGACAAAAAACUGAAUUCUUGCCUGUGAAAUAUUUUAGACAAAAAGGGAAAAUAUUUGAAAUCAGGACAUGAAUUUACAUUUUAUGCAAAAGGCUGCUGAGUGACAGCAGGAAGGUCCUCUCUUCACUACAAUUUUAGUGUUUCAAAGUUAAAACUCCCAAAUAAGCUUUAAGCUAUGUUAGAAUUUCACGCAUUAAUUUAUGAAUGCUAUGGUACUUUCACUUGCUUAUACGUGUUGUUAUUAUCAUUAAUAAUAAUAAUAAUAAUAAUAAUAAUAAUAAUAAUAAUGUUAUUAUUCAUUAUUACUUUUAUUCUUCUCCUUAUUAUGAUUUGUUUUAGGAAGGUCUGAGAGGUUUUGGUGUUUGGAAUCAGAUGCAUGACUAUAAGACUGUCUGAGAGAUGUUGGAGAUUCCUCUCUGUAAUAGAAUCAAACACUGUACUGCAAUGUUUCUAAGGAUUAAUGAGGCCCCCUUUACCCUUCAGAUGAAAUAGAAUCCGUAUCCGAAUACACCAGUACCCAUCCUUACAGUCGCAUGAUCUCUAAUGUCGUCACAUGAUUCCAAGUGUGGUCACACUGUCUUUCAGGUGGGCGUGAUCAAAAAUCAUUUUUUCUAAAAACGGGAGACAUGCAUGUAUCUCACCGGGGGCUCAUGUCCCAGUACAUGUGAAAGAUCUUUGGAGCUGAAGAGACCUCUUUACAUGUGCAAAUGAAAAGUACAGCACUCUGCAGUGGUGAGACAGAGUAAGACAGAAUUCUGCGAAGAGAAAAUAUCUCAAAGAUCACUCAGUCACAGAAAUCAAUCAGAUGAAACAUUCCUAUCAUAUUCAGGAACUCAUUGCAUUAUGCAAGGAACACCCUUGUUCUCUAAGAUAUAAAAAUGAAGAAACAGAUUAAUUCUGUAAUGCUGUAUAAAGUUCACUCCUGGUUUCAACAGCUCCUGUGAUUGUACACACCAGGUACAGAACUAGAGGGGGGCGGGUACAGAUCUUGUCAAAAGUGUCUUUGGUGUGUUGAUUGAUUAAGAUGUACCAAACUGGAGCUAAAAAAAGUGUGAGAGAGGAAGGAUGCGUAUUUGUCGCCAUAAUGAAGGAUGUUCCAUUUUAAGACUAUGGUAGAGGUAGGUCUGAGAUGCUCCUGAACCUUGAAUCACCUUGUGUGUGCACAUAAAUUGGACAGCUAAGAGUGCCUGUGACCACUUUAAAGAGUGAAAUACAUCAAGCUGAAGAUUCUUGACUAGUGGAAACACAAUAAACUGCCAUUUCAUUGGGACAAAAUAGCAUUUUAGUAUCACAAAGGAGGACAUAUUUCUACUCUCAAAAUCCCAAGGAGACCUCCUACCAAGUCUGAGAUCAACUUGGAACACUGUAGAUAUGUCCUUUGCAUCUGAAUCUGGAAAUGUCCUGUACAUAUCAAGACAGGUUCAGUUAUCCCCUGUGUACAUACAGCUAUUCUAGUACAUUUAUUCCUCCUAUCCUAAUGACCCAGACAUCAGGAGUCAUUGGCUUGAUGUAUUCAACCCUUUAGAGUUCUGUUCCUAUAUUGUUAGCACCAUACCUCCUAAAGACAGCCUGCUUGUUGACAACCAUCAAUUUAGAACAGUCACUGCACAGAUCUCCUGAUCCUUAUUUCAGCUUAUGUGCUAGUGGGGGACACUGAUGAUUAGACAUGCAUCCAAAUAACAAAUGGUUACUUGAUAUGCGUAGCACAUGCUGUAAACUGAUACUCUCGAGUAAGCAGUGUUAGCCACUCACAGCAGUGGGCUGAAUCGUCACUUUUCACAAGCCAGUAAUAAUUUUUUCACAAUUCAGUAAUUUCUCAUUAAAAACAUACUACACAACAGUGGAGGAGAUAGCAGAGAUGUGCCAGAGUUAGCUUAGUCUUAUCGAUUUUCCCUAAUUUAACAUAGGAAGUGUUAGCUAUAUUUCAUGAAACUCAUAAAGGGCAUGAAGGAUUCCUUCAUUAGCAACUGUAAUGUCUAUGAGAGUCUUCCAUGGGGGAAUGGCACCAUUAGCAGGUGUGGGUCAAAGUCAGUGCAGAAAAGGGAGGGGUGCAUAGCAGCAUGUGCCUCUGCUCACCAGGAGAGGGUGCUGGUGUGCACUAUGUGUGACCGAGACCCUGCACUGAUCCCACCCUGUCGCUGGAAGGUAAGAUGGGGGCUUGGCAUCUAGGGGAUCCUGGACUCUUUAUUUGUGCUUGCUGAUUUUUGCACCUUCAUAUGCAUUAUGAAAUAUGAAGCAGAAAAAAAAA